GAUUUCGCGGCUCAUCUUGGUAUUUUUCGCACGUACCAUUCACGCAUCACUAAGCACAAAUAGUAUAACUCUUUGCUAAGCAGCAACAUGGCAGAGAGGAAUCCGGGAAUUAAGCUUGACCUGGAAUGGGUGAGUAAUGUUCACAUUAACAAACCAGCAGUAUUCAAACGUGCAUCACAACUAGGCACCAGGAGAACUGUCAAGAAAAACUACCAGAUAGCAUGGAUGUUAAGAGCUGUGACCUGCAUUGACCUUACAACUUUGUCAGGAGAUGACACAUUCACCAAUGUCCAGCGACUUUGCUUCAAAGCUAAACAACCAAUCAGGGAAGAUCUCUUGAAGGCUGUAGAAAUGCAUGAUAAAGGUAUCACAACUGGCGCAGUAUGUGUGUAUCCUUCGAGGGUGUGUGAUGCAGUACGAGCUCUGAAGGAGGCAGGGGCUCCCCAAAUCCCAGUAGCCUCAGUUGCAACCGGAUUUCCAGCUGGACAGACACCCUUUAAGAUUCGCUUAGCAGAAAUUAGGUUGGCAGUGGAAGAUGGGGCGACAGAAAUUGAUAUAGUAAUCAACAGAGCAUAUGCAUUAGCUGGCAACUGGCAGGGUGUGUAUGAUGAGUUAUGUGCAUUCCGUGAAGCAUGUGGUGAAGCUCACAUGAAGUCCAUCCUGGCAACUGGUGAGCUAGGGUCUUUGACGAAUGUUUACAAGGCCAGUCUGGUAGCCAUGAUGGCAGGGUCAGAUUUUAUCAAGACGUCGACAGGAAAGGAAGGUGUAAACGCAAUCCUACCAGUUGGCCUGGUCAUGGUCAGAGCUAUCAGAGAAUAUUAUAAACACACAGGGUUCAAGGUUGGAUUCAAACCUGCUGGUGGCAUCCGCACUGCCAAAGAUUCCUGCAUAUGGUUGUCCCUCAUGAAGGAGGAGCUGGGUGACGAUUGGUUGAGACCCGAGCUGUUCCGUAUCGGCGCAAGCUCCUUGCUUGGUGAUAUUGAGCGUCAGAUCUACCAUUGUGUGACUGGCAGGUACGCCGCAUCGUUUGAACUCGCUAUGGCUUGAUAUCACAAAGAUAGUGGACACGAGCUUUAAUUUUAAAUAAUUAUAAGUGCUUCCAUUUUUAUCCGUCGGUUGUCAGAUUAAGCACACAUAUUUUUAAACCAAUUUCAUUUGAGACUUGCCAUUUCAAAACCUGAGUACUGUCGCUAGUGAUAGAAUAAGAAUGUGGAAGUAUUGUAUACUUUAGUAUAGAGAAGCUGUAGUAAUUUUACUCAUAACAUUGGCAAUAGUAAAUGAAUUCCGGUAAGCAACCCCUCAUUUUAAACCUUAAAAUAUUAAGAAUAUGAAUAUACUGUAUUAAAAAGUCAGUUUUCAUUUUUUAGUUACUGAUGCUGGUUUUGGGAUUGCAAGCCUUAUUUAUUUUCUUGCUGUAGUUCAAGGCCAAGAGUUUAUCUUAUUUCGGACAGUUAUUUUUAAAGUUUGUUUCUACAUUGUAGCUGCAGUAAAUAUAGGAUUUUAUCUCUUUUUUUUAGUAAAAUUUGAAAACAUUUGAACUUUUCCAACUGGCAAUGCUUGACUAGUGCUAUCUGUUGGUAAGUAAAAUCAGGAAGUAUGGUGCUUGAUGUAGCGAAUGAUCAUUUUUAAGGCCUGGACCAAUAAUUUUGAUUUUGGCUUUAAAUUUUAUCAAAUAAAUUCUAAAUGUAUUUGAAAUACUUAUUAUAUUUACUUUUUAGACUAGCUAUUCGCAGGAGCCGUAGCUUUGUGGUUAAGGUGCUUAUUUUUCAAACCCAGGGUCCUGGACUCAAAUCUGGUCAGAAUUGACUAAAGACUACUCCACUUGUUAAGCCUCAUAAUGAGACUUAGUUUAAUACAGCUGCACUUGCAUCCUAUAAGGGACAUGUACUAAAAAGUAUUACCCAUUCUUGGUAUCAUGUACAGUAUAGAGUUAUUUUAUACCUUAUAGUUUGGUAAGUUAUCACUAUGGCGCCCUCUAUCAUGUUUACUUAGAUUUUAGCAUAUAAGUUUCAAUUAAGUAAUAAAUUGAAAAUGAUUGAAAGUAAGUGUACAUUCCUGGGUGUGUAAAUGAGUAUAGUAUUAAUCUCAGGUAAACCUGAUGCUGUUUGUUGCAAUGGGAUUGAUUUUCUGUAAUUCAAAACAGUAUUCAUUUGAAUUAAAUCAUUAUUCUUGAAA